AUGCUGGCCACGUGCGUGCAUAGCACGACAGCGAGAGUCGACUGCGAGGUUCAAAAGCACACACAAGACACCAUCGCAAGCAGUGCGCUAGACUCGAAGCGCUGCCGCCACCCCUCACGAACUGGGCAUCGCUAUCGCAACUGCCCAAGCCAUACGACCAACGCACUGCCUGCACAACGAAGAAAAACGACCCACGCACUGCACUGUCAAAUCAGGCACUGCUGCACGACAGACCAGCCAUACCCACAAUCAAGCAACAAACAUUACCAAGCGAUAAGCGAACCAAAUACAUCUUCAGUCUCAUACGUCUACAUCAAGAGGGGCCCACGCUGCGAUAUGCCUACGACCUCUCUACAACUUGCGCCUGCCUGGGUGCGAACCACUGUCGCCGCCGCAUGCAAAACUGUGGCAUCAACAGCUUGUUCUGUUGCACCUGAGGCUUCGGCUGCUCUGCCCAGCGCAGUCGCUGCAAUUGCAAAACGCCUCCUCAACACGCAAGCCCACAAUGGCGCACUGGGCUCGCAGCGCAAGGCUAGCUUUUAUCCUGCAGGCAUACUGGUCACGUGCGUGCAUAGCACGACAGCGAGAGUCGACGGCGAGGUUCAAAAGCACACACAAGACACCAUCGCAAGCAGUGCACUAGACUCGGAGAGCUGUCGCCACCCCUCACGAACUGGGCAUCGCUUUCGCAACUGCCCAAGCCAUACGACCAACGCACUGCCUGCACAACGAAGAAAAACAUCCCACGCACUGCGCUCCACACUGCACUGUCAAACCAAGCACUGCUGCACGACAGACCAGCCAUACCCACAAUCAAGCAACAAACAUUACCACGCGAUGCGCGAGCCAGGCAUAUCUGCAGUCUCAUACGUCUACAUCAAAAGGGGCCCACGCUGCGAUAUGCCUACGACCUCUCUACAACUUGCGCCUGCCUGGGUGCGAUCCACUGUCGCCGCCACAUGCAAAACUGUGGUAUCAACAGCCUGUAAUCUUGCACCUGACACUUCGGCUGCUCUGCUCAGCGCAGGCGCUGCAAGUCCAAAAGGCCUCCUCAACACGCAAGCCUACAAUGGCGCACUGGGCUCGCAGCGCAAGGCUAGCUUUUAUCCUGCAGGCAUACUGGCCACGUGCGUGCAUAGCACGACAGCGAGAGCCGACUGCGAGGUUCGAAAGCACACACAAGACACCAUCGCAAGCAGUGCGCUACACUCGGAGCGCUGUCGCCACCCCUCACGAACUGUGCAUCGCUAUCGCAACUGCCCAAGCCAUACGACCAACGCACUGCCUGCACAACGAAGAAAUACGUCCCACGCACUGCGCUCUACACUGCACUGUAAAAUCAGGCACUGCUGCACGACAGACCAGCCAUAUCCACAAUCGAGCGACAAACAUUACCACGCAAUACGCGAGCCAGGCAUAUCUGCAGUCCCAUACGUCUACAUCAAGAGGGGCCCACGCUACGAUCUGCCUACGGCUCCGGGAGUCUGCUCUGUCUGA